AUGAAGCACCGCGAGGGCCGGAAACCUCUGACGGUGGUGCUGAAACUUGGCACCAGCUCUAUCGUGGACGAGAAGACACAUCAGCCCUUACUCUCCAUCCUGAGUCUUAUUGUUGAGACGGCCGUGAAGUUGAGGAAAGAUGGCCAUAGGGUGGUCAUUGUCUCAUCUGGCGCCAUCGGUGUUGGUCUUCUUCGGAUGGAAAUGGACAGACGGCCAAAGCACUUGUCAACACUUCAGGCGUUAGCGGCUAUCGGCCAAUGUAGACUCAUCAGCCUAUGGGACGAUCUGUUCGGCCACUUCAGACAGCCCGUCGCACAGAUUCUGCUCACCAGAAACGACAUUGCAGAUCGGACACGGUACCUCAAUGCCCAAAACACAUUCAACGAGCUGCUCGAUAUGGGCGUCAUUCCCAUUGUGAACGAGAACGACACGCUAGCCGUCUCAGAAAUCAAGUUUGGCGAUAACGACACCCUCUCCGCCAUCGCCGCGGGUAUGGUCCACGCGGACAUGCUGUUCCUCAUGACGGACGUAGACUGCCUCUACGACAAGAACCCCAGAGCACACCCCGACGCCCAGGCAAUCGAGGUUGUUGAGGACAUUUCAAGUAUCCAAGCAGACGCGGGAUCCGCCCUCGGCACCGGUGGCAUGAUGACCAAAAUCGUCGCCGCAAGGCUAGCAACGCAAGCAGGUGUGACAACCGUCAUCACCCGCUCUUCCAACCCGGGCAACAUCGUCAAGAUCGUCCGCUACGUCCAAGCCCAGCAAAAGUACACCUCCUCCUCUUCCUCGCCGCACCUAGGCGCCGCCCCAGACGGCGAGGACCCCGAUAACCACCACGACAGCCGCGACCACACCGAAGACCCGUUAGCGCAGUCGACGGCCUCCCUCCACAUAGACCAAGCCGUCGAGAAGCCCCCGCUGCACACCCGCUUCCUCCCCUCCACAGACCCCAUUCGCGACCGCCACUUCUGGCUCAUCCACGGUCUCAAGCCCCACGGCACGCUCUACAUCGACGCGGGAGCCCACAGCGCCCUCCUCCGCAAAGCGGGUCUCCUCCCCGCGGGCGUCCUCGACGUCGAGGGCAACUUCGCGCAGCAGGAGGCCGUCCGCCUCGUCGUCGUGGACCGCCUCCACGCGCCCAGCACCACGGGUAAGCUGUGGGGCGGCACGCCCGUCGAGGUCGGUCGCGCGCUCGUCAACUACGCCGCGCCGGAGAUCAUGCGCAUCAAGGGACAUCAGAGCUCCGAUAUUGGCGGCCUGCUGGGGUACGCUGACAGCGAGUACGUGGCGGAGAGGCAGCACAUUCGCAUUUUUGAUCGGGAGAGUCGGCCGGUGACGCCGAGUAUCGAGAAGGUCAAGGAGCAGGUCGUCGAAGAGGUGAUUUCAGGUAUCACGGGUUAUGAGCAGAAGACAUAG